AUGCCUGCUGCCACGCCGCCCGACCUCGCCCUCACCCAGCCUCUGCGCGCCGCGCCGCGCGCCCGGCGACCCGCGCCCGCCGCGCGUCAGCCCACGCGCCUCGCCACGCGCCCAGGCCGCCCGCGCCACCUUUGCGCACGCGCGCCCAUGCGCGCCGCCCAGCAAGCGUCCCAGCACGCCUCGCCCGCGCCGCACGCCCGCCCGCCGCCCGCGCCGCCCGGCGUGUCGUCCAGCCCCGAGCCGCCCGCGCAGCAGCGUCCCCAACGCGCCCGCGCAGCGCCUGCGAUCCUCGGCCCUCGCGCGCACCCGUGUUGCCCUUGGCCACCGCGCCGCCCUCAGCCCGCGGUGUGUUUUUCCAUAGCCUCGCCGGGUUUCUUAUCUGCAAAAAGCCGGGACGUCAUGCUCAAUGGCAAGAAUUAUAAAGCAUGGUCGUCCACUUUAUGUGUGCUCCUUCACGGACUUUAUCUUUGGGAUCAUGUUGAUGGUACUCGUCCGCCUCCAGUUUCUUCUAGUGCCGCCUCUUCUGGCUCCUCUUCGUCUACAGUUACCAGCGCGCCCUCUUCCACGUCUACUAACUUGCUCAAGUGUACUGAGGAUGAUGCUCAUACCAUUGCUAUCAUUUGUCAGUCCUGUGAGCUUCCUAUUCGCUUGGUCAUGUUUGUGAUCUUUCUGACCCAAGGCGAUUUAGGAUCAUCUGCGCGCACUCUAUCUUCCUUCCAGUCAGGCGUUGCGCUACUCCUUGCUACAGACUCUCACAUCUACCUAUCAAUGUGA